AUGAAAGAAUCACAAAGCGACGGGAAUGAAGCAUGCAUGGCAAAGAUGAAAAUGAAAGCAGAGAAACAUCGAGAAUCUAAAGCCGAUAGUGUGAUCAUUUCAAUUCCAGAAGAAAUUGUCUCCACAAAAACCCAUGAGGUGUUGAAUGCAUACGAGCAAUGUAAGAUGGAAUGCAAGAAGAAGCGAGACAACAUAGAGACCCAAGAGUACGUCGAACAGUUGCGGUCCGAGCUGGCCGUCGCCGAAGAGGCACUGGCCGCUGUACCUGUUGACCCAGUGACGAUUUCGAUAUUAGCCACAGAAGAAGCACGAGAAGCGCCUUCUAGCGCCAAUUAG